AUGGGUCACAUCGCCUUUAGCCUCGUCAUAGGAUGGGUCACGGUGUCUUCCCGCGGCAGCGGCAGCGGAGCCCCGGCCUACGCUGGCAGAAGCAGCGGUCUCCGAACUGGGAGCGGUUCCGGUGGAAGCAGUGGUGGCUCGAGACCGUCGUCCCGCGGGUCCGGCGACUCCCAGAAAUUCGAUCCGUGCUGCGACUACUGUCGCGGAAGUGGCAAGUACACUGUCCAGAAGUCCGAGCAGCUGAGGUGCACCGCCUGCGGCGGCUCCGGCGGGUCGUACAGGCAAGUGCCGUGCACCAACUGUUACAAAGGGAAGAUGAGCAUCAAAGGACCGGUCGGCCCGAAGUGCAAUAGGACGUGCACGGUUAAUGGCCCGAGACGUACGUGCAAUACGUGCUUCGGCCUCGGACAUACGACCAGGGUUUGGACUGAGGAGUACAUUUGCGACUGCAAGGGGUAUUAUUGA